AUGGGGACCGCAAGAAAUCCACUCCAAACUGUCAAAUCUAUUGGCUCAGGCAAUGUGCUUACAGACAUCAAGUCUCAUGCUAGCAUGCAUAUGAGCCAUAUCGCUUCGCAUCGUUCAGAGGUGAGGGCAGUAGACCCUUUACAUGCUGCCAACGAAGUUGAACUUUUGGCAGAAAUUGGAUACAAGCAAGAGUUAAGAAGACACUAUUCAAAUCUUCAGGCUUUUGGUAUGUAA